GACCAACACAAACAUGCAUACACACACGCACGCACACACACACACACACAAAAACACAAACAUGAGCAAACACACACAGGCACGCGUCAGUGUCUUCAAGUGGGUCUCGGUUGGAGGAUGACACGAUCUCCAUCUCUCCCCCCCCCCGCUGAGAUCCGUGCUGAUGUUAGUCUUUCCGUUCACCCAGAGGUCUCUCCGAUGAUGGAUGUUCCUCCCCCCUCCCGUCCCCCCCCUGAUCGCCGUCCUCCUCUCUGUUCCAGACUCCUCCCUCAGCCGGUACCACGUCCAGUGGAGCCCCGAGUUCUGCAGCCACAACGAGAGCCGGGGGCCCGAGAAGUCCGUCACGCAGGAGAACUUCAUCAACCUCCAGGACCUGCUGUUCUCCUGCAAGUACAAGGUGACGGUGCAGGUGCUGAAGCCCAAGAGACGCUCCAAGGACGAGAGCACCACCUUCCUCACCCCGUCCUGCGCCACCAUCCGCAGCAAGACCCACAAGCACGUCCCCUGUCCGGGGGAGGGAGGCCCGGCUCACCCCAAGGUUCUGGCGAAGCCCGAGAAUCUGACCGCCGCGUUCUCCAUCAGCGACGGGAACAUCACCGGCAGCUUCGUGUGGCGCGUGUCCAGGCUGGCGCCCCAUCAGCCAAUCACGGGCUUCCAGGUCACCUGGGCGGAAGUCACCACCGAGAGCCGACAGAACAGCCUCCCCAACAGCAUCAUCUCCCAGUCCCAGGUCCUUCCACCAGAUCACAGCAUGCUGGUGGUCUCCAGCCUGCGACCGGCCACCUUCUACCGGCUGGAGGUGCAGGUGAUCACCACCGGCGGCGAGGGCCCCGCCACCGUCAAGACCUUCCAGACCCCCGGCGUCCUGCCCGCCCUGCAGCACAGGCCCCGACUCCGACAGCACCACGCCCCCCACCACCAGAAGCCGUCGGUAGAGAGACACUGAUCGCCCCAGAGGAGGAAGAGGAGGAGGAGGAGGAAGGAAGAGGAGGCCGGAGCCGGCGAGGGGGGGCCCACCGCGGGCCCCGGGGCCCCCACCCUCCCCGCCCGUGUGGGGUGGGAGCCAUGUGGAUCCUGACCAACCAGAGCACCCCAGACUAUAAACCCCCGCCCCCCCCCCCCACCACCACCAUCCCCCCCCCCCCCCCCUGCAUGGGCCCUCCGUCUCCGUCAGACUCCGUCACCAACGUGGACCCACGCGGUCAAAGACCUCCCCCUGGGUGGGGUCUGUCUCUCCAAACCUACACGCAGAGUUGUUUACCACCGUCCUGACGUGGUGCGAACACGAACGCCCCCCCGGCUGAAGACCGGCCCAGACCCCCAUAGGACGUUUCCACGGCGAUCCCCCUACGGGCAGAUGAGUGACGAGAGUGAUGUCAUCGGAGGAAUACCCCAACGGCGAUGUGUUCGAUAGACGGCGUGACACUAUUUAAUGCAUUUCCUUACUUUAUAGAUAUGUAUAUAUAAAAACAUAUAUGUGUGUAUGUAUGUAUACAUAUAUAUAUAUAUAUAUAUAUAUGUAGGUGUAUGUAUGUUUAUAUACUGUAUAUAUGUAUAUGUGUGUGCAUACAUACAUAUAUAUAUAUAUACACAUAUAUAUAUGUACAUACAUACAUACAUACAUAUAUAAAUAUUCAUAUAUAUAUACACAACCCGUUAGAAGAUACAUGAACGCUAACAGAUGGACAUGCCACACAUCUGUGCAAGAAUCGUUUCUCCAGAAAAAAGCCACAACAAGUAGAAUCCAUCUAUUUAUUGACCCGUUACAGAGGCGCUUAGUCAGUCAGUCCUUCUGAUAGAUGAUGUAACAAGAGACCGCAGCCUAACCCCACAUAGUUCCUAUAGUACGCUGCAUGUAGAAGCACUAGACUGUACAUGAAUUCAUAUAGAAUGCUUGUAACGGUUUUUGCAUGAAAAACAUUUGCAUUCUCCCGGCAUGAGAAAACUAAGUGUCCGUGUUACUUACGAAUAUGAAUAUGUUAGCAAUAUUUCAUUAACAGAUUAACAAAGACAAAUAUAUGGGGAAUAUUACGUAAUGUUUAUUAAUGAAAGUAUAACUUGUGUGUGGAAAUGAGGAAUUGUAUAUGUUCUUGGCUGUAGAAAUUCUUGUGGUGAAGCAGUCAGUGAAUGUCUAUAUUUAUUUAUAUGUGUAUUACAGUUGGCUUUGGAGCGGCCUGAAUGUGUAUGUUGUGUUUGUUUUUUUUCGUGUUUAGUCUAGAAUUUUUGAACCAGCAAACAUCUUGUAAAGACAUUUUGUAAAAAUGGAAUUGUAAAUACAAUCUUAUGUUACAUGUUAUUUUUCCAUGGUAGAAACUGUACAAACUGCUAAGUAAUAAAAUAAUCCUUAACCUAC